AUGAUUCAUACAUUACAUAAUCGUGAUGAAGUACUUGACAUACUACAUCGUCUUGAGAUCACGGAUGAUAAUGCCGUUUUCAGCAAAUUUAAGCAUCUUCACGGGUUACUUGUUUUAAAGGCGUACCUAGUCGAAUGGAGACAGGAUGAUGAGAUCGUUCUGAAGCUUCACUUAUCGGGAGUCUAUAAGUUCCAACAAAUCAAAAAAAUCAAUCAAAAUGCAGCCAGAUUUUGGUUAUUUGGAAUAGUUUGCUCCAUAUUCAAUAGUCUUUAUAAGAUACGACAACUUGGCCUCGCUCCCCGUUUACGUAAGGCAAAGAUUGCGGAAACUCUUGAUGAUACUGCUACCGAAGCUAAAGGAACCGAGUGCUGA